UCCUCUGGACGCGUUGAUCUCACACAGCGCCAAGCGGUAGAGCGGAGUGUGAGUGUAUCUGUGAAUCGCUCCCAAGUGCACUCAGACCACACCAGGCAAGACUCGGUAAACGGAGGGACGCGCACACUGGGAACGAACCACACUGAAAGGACUUAAGGCACUGCGCUCCGCUACAAAGCGCAUGACCGUCUGUGGAUGAAGGAUGCUGUCAAGCCGCUCGGUGUUCGUGGAGUGCGGGUAGUGCAUGACGCGCUGCUCCGGGUUUAGGUCGCACGAACAGUCGCCCCGGUUCUCCGGUGGCCGUGUUGGAGAGUCUUGUUUGAGGACUUUCCAUCACACUGGACUUUUGGCCGCAUGCCUUCUGAGAGAUUUUGAAGGACGUCGGUGGGCAGUAUUUAUUUAAAGAAAGAUUUUCUUCACUCAAACGGAAGAGACAGUUUUAACUCCACGGCUCCAGUUGGACUUUUUAAUGUAUUUCCAGUAUGGGACCUUUUACAGAAAGUCAUUUUGGGACAUUUGACAUCGGCCUGGAAUAAUGAACUAGUAGAGAGAAACUGCUGAAUUCCCCGUUCAAGCCAUCUGAAUCUUUCGCGCUUCACUGAUAGUUUGUUAAAGAGCCGUUUUUGCGUCAUGUUCGCCCUGAAGAAAUGCGCACGGGAAAACUUUGGAAUGCGAUAGAUUAGUGUUAGCAACUUUAAUAACGCUGUUUUAGAUUUGUUUUUUAAAUCAUAUGUGGGAAAACGAAGACCAUUAAUACGGAAACAGAUACACAGCUUAUGUGCGCAUUUGGACACUGUCUGCUCCGCGUCCUUGGAGAAGUUGAAAAACCACAAUUGAUUCCAAGCAAUGAGAACUUAUGUGACGGAAAAAUAGACUGUGUGCCGAUGUCUGGCAAACUGGCCGUCAUGUGGGAUUGAUUGCAGGGGAGUAUGUUUGGGCUGGAGCAGUUUGGUUCUCAAAUUAAUAGCAGAAACCCUGGCCAGUCAGAGAGAAGCGUAAACCAACAGAGACUGAACAUGGGCUCACAUUAUAAAAGCCCAGGUUUUCACGCUGGAGGCCCGCCCGGAGCCGUGGAACCCGGCAUGGGCCCUCUGAGCGAGCCGCAAAUGCUUGGGCUCAAUAUGAACAUGAACGGAGAGCAGUAUGGGGGCUUUCACCCACGGGGACACUCAGACAUGCAUGCAGGCGGAGGACUCCAGCAGCAGCAGCAGCCUCAGCAGCAAGGAGCAAUGCAUGGAUUUUUUAACAACCAGCAACCUCAUCAAGGACAUCCUCAUGGCCAUCAACCUCACCCCCACCAACACCAUCCUCAUUUCAGUGGGAAUUUUGGAGGCCCAGAGCCGGGGUCAUCAUGUCUGCACGGUGGAAGGUUAAUGGGCUACAACAAUAAUGGCAUGGGACCACAGCAGGGCUUUGGAGAAGGAUUUGAUCCUCUUGCUGAGGGACAGACAGGAGAUGGCUUUCCCCAGCAACAGCAGCGGCCUGGUAAUAUGCCUGACUUUCAACAUCACGGGCCUCCCAGCGGCAACCAUGCUGUCCCUGCCCCCUGUCUACCCCUGGACCAGUCACCCAAUAGAGCAGCAUCCUUCCAUGGUCUUCCUUCGUCCUCAUCCUCCUCUUCUGAGUCUCACGGUUUAGAGCCUCGACGGAUGCCCAACCAGGGAGCUGUGGAGGGAUUAGAGUAUAACUUCCCCAACGAGCCCCCAUCUGGACCUUUUGAUGUACCCGUGUUUUCCCCAUCAGAAUCAGAAUCUCAGUUACCGCAUUUUGGGCCAGGGAGGCCAGUUCCCAGUGGGAAUUUCCCAGGGAACCCCGGAAUGCCACGGACACCAGGUAUGCAGGGCAUUUCUAAGGGGCACCAGCCACCACCCCAGCCCCAGCAGCCUCAGCAUGGAGUGUUUUUUGAGCGGUUUGGAAAUGGCCGGAAAGUGUCUGUGGGAAUGGAGCCUGGGGUCAGUGCACGACAUCCUCUCAUGCAGCAGCAACAACAGGCUGGCUUGAUAGCUAGACAGAACUCAUGCCCCCCUGGCCUCCCCCGACCCUCUCAGGCUGAGCCGGGCUCUACUAACCCUAACAUUCUGGAUGGAGGGGUCAUGAUACCUGGCCAACACAACCAGUUUGAAUAUCCAAUUCACAGACUGGAAAAUAGGGGCCUGCACCCUUACGGGGACCCCAUGUUUAAUAUGCAAAAUCCAGCUCCUCCUCCCUCCCAUCAUCCCCCAAAUCAGAGGCUGCAACACUUUGACUCUCCUUAUAUGAACAUGGCAAAAAGGCCUAGAUUUGAUUUUCCUAAUGCACAUGGUAGCGAAGGUUGGUGUGGCAAUAUGGACAACCACCUCUCUCCCUCUGCCUACCCCGGCCUUCCUGGAGAGUUCACCCCACCUGUGAAUGAAGGUUUUGCUCCAGGUCCCCUGCAGCAUCCCGGGCCUGAGCAGCAGUCUCUGCAGCAGCGCCAGAAUGCAGCCAUGAUGAUAAAACAAAUGGCCUCCCGCAACCAGCAGCAGAGGAUGAGGCAGCCGAGUCUGCAGCAGUUGGGUCACCAUGGCGAUGUACCUCCCGGUCCAAUGGCUCAUGGGGGCCCAGUUGGAAGCAUGCCUCAGCCCAACUUUGACAGGGAGAAUGGUGGCAGAAUGCCCAACAUCGAUGGACAAAAUCCUCAUGUAACUCAGGAGAACUCCUGGUUUCAGGGGUCCCACCCACCUGGAGAGAUGAUGUCACGGCGCAUGGGUGGAGCAAGCAAUGAGUCGGGGCCCCAUGACAUGGGACUACAGCAGAAUGGGGCCGGAAUGAUGUUUAGGCCAGGCAUUGGAAUGCAGGAGCCCAUGAGAAUAACAGGAGAUGGACACGUGCAGACCCUUCAUUCCCCGGGCAUGCACUCUCAGUUCAGUGGCAACAUGGGAAACCUCUCACAAAUGCAGUCUCCAGGAGCAGGAACAGGACAUCCAAAUGCACCAGCAGAGAGGCGGCCAGCUGACUUCCCUGCACCUCCAAUGGGAGCACAGCCACCGUUUCCCUAUGGGGGGGCUAACCGUCAAGGGCCGGCCCACAGUGCUCCCCAGGGGGUGAGCACCUCACCAGGGAGCUACCCUCCUCAGCCUGAGUUCCCCUCAGGCCAGCGGCCGUCUGUUAGUAAGCUUGGAGCUCUGUCCCUCGGGAACUUCAGCAAAACCAGCACUAAAGACAGUGUUUUUGGUCAGAGCUGCCUAGCGGCCCUUUCCACUGCCUGCCAGAACAUGAUCGCUAGCCUAGGGGCCCCAAAUCUUAAUGUAACAUUCAACAAGAAGAACCAAAAUGAGGGCAAGCGAAAACUGAGUCAGACAGAGCAGGACAUUAAUAGCAGCACAUCUAAUGGGACUGGCAGUGCUGGUCCUGAAUAUUUUCAGAGCAGCACUUCCCAGAACAGCCAGAUGCCUGGCACUGGGAAUAGCAACUCUAAGCCUGCAAGUCAAAGCCAGACGGUGCAGGGGGAAGCCAGUGCCCUCUCCCCAAAUUACAACAUGGACGCUACCCCGUGCAGUGAGGGGAAGGCAACAACAGGGAGUGGGAGAGGGAGAGGGAGGAGAAAAAGAGACAGUGGACAUGUGAGCCCUGGAAUUUUUUUUUCCUCUGACAAUGGUAACCCUGUUGUAAGUCCAGGCCAGCAGACCCCCUCGGCUGGCGUUGGGGAGAGGGGUGGGGGCACGCCCCAUGAAAAACACCUUCAAUCACCAUCUUGGGGAAAAGGAGGUGACCUAAUGUUGGGGGACCAGGCUGACCUUAUGUCUUCUUUGGACAGUGGUAUUCAAAGUGUUGCUGCCAAGUCUGACAGUAGCUCACCAAGAGUGGACUUUCCUGACGAUGUCAGCACCCACUAUGGCAACGAGGAUGAGGUGUCCUCCAGUUCAGAUGCGGGAGGGACGUCAGCCAUCAAGCCUAAUCGCAGUCCUAUGAUCACCGGCUCACCCAAAAUGCAGAGGAGUGAUCACGGAUUGAUAAAUGGACAAAAGCCCCUGGGCAUGGGCAUUAACAAUCAUACUACCUCGACACCAGACAGCUAUGGACUGAAUGCUGGUGUGGGCACAGGGGCCAGCGGGGUAAGCCACCCAGGCACUCCUGGGGUGGAGCAGGUACGCACCCCAUCCAGCACCUCUGGCCAGGAGGAAAUCCAUCCUCUGGAGAUUCUGCAGGCCCAGAUCCAGCUGCAGCGGCAACAGUUCAGUAUCUCUGAAGACCAGCCCUUAGCCAUGAAGAAUGGCAAAAAGAAUGGUGACUGUCCCUCACAGAACGGAGACAAUGAGCUGGCGAGCUGCAGUCCGGAUGCUGGGAAGGGCUCAAUGGGCACUAUUGACCUUGACACUCUCAUGGCAGAGCAGCACGCCACCUGGUACGUGCCCAGUGACAAGGCCAUGAUGGACGGGUCAGAGGAUGACAAGGCCUUGGGACCCUGGGAAAAAAAUAAGAGCCAAAACAACAGUAAAGAAGAAUCAGAGCUCUCCCAGAGUAAGGCUGGAGCUGGGGCCCCAGGGGCAGGAGGUGGAGGAGGAGGAGGAGGAGGUGGUGGAGGUGGAGGGGGUGGGAGCAGCGGAGGGAACCACCUGCAGUGCCUGUCCGUCCACUGCACAGACGAACUGGGAGACAGUAAGGGCAGAGGGGGUCCCGUCUCGUCUUGGCGCUCCCUCCACUCCGACAUCUCAAACCGUUUUGGGACGUUUGUGGCGGCACUAACUUGAACAAAAAGCGGGCCCUCGCAGGGAGAAGGAAAGGAAGGAAAAAAAAGAAGAUCGAAAAAUAACAAGAAGGAAAGACUCGGAGACGAAUAAUGAUGAUGAGGAUGGCGAUGAUGAUCAUUUGUUGAUGAGGCAACUGCGUGCGGCUCUCGCCUGUUCAGGGAGAGAAAGACAUUUACACUCAUAAAAGCAAACAUAAACACAGUUACACAUACACACACACGCGCAAAUACCUUCUUUUUUUUUUUCUUUUUUUUUCUUCUGAUACACGCAGUCACACGUAAGAACACUCUCACAUACUGCUGGACAAUGCAGCGCGGGCUCUACUCUACCAUGCCCACAUCUGGAAAACCUCAAAUCAAUAUUAUUUUUCAUUUAUUUUCUUUGUUGAAAAAAAAAUAAAGAAAUGUUAAAGGAGAACCCGAAACCCCGAAGAAGCAGUAAAAGAAGAGAGAUCAGUUGCCAUUGGCUUCGAUUGUAUUCCGGUGUCAAGUCUUGUGGCGCAACCAUGAGUUCAUUUUUUUGUUACACCUCCAAUGUGUGCAUUAUCUUUCCAGUGGAGGCAACCUUACCACUUGCAACCACACAAACCAGCCCCGCUUCCCAGUUUCCAGUUACUCUGCCCCACAUUUAAGUGAGGCCCGCUGGUUCAUAAGACAUGGCGUCAACACAGACGAGCAGAACUAGAGGGAGAUGAGAGGAGGAGUGAUCAGGCAUGAAUGUAACAACUUUUUCCCUCUUUGGCAAAGCAAAUUUUAACCUUUCAUUUGCUGCUCAGAUUACUGAGAUUUGUUGUAGUUUUAUUUGUAUCGCUGGGAAUAUAUUUUCCUCAUCUUCUCUUCUCUUCUCUUCUCUUCUCUUCUCUUCUCUUCUCUUCUCUUCUCUUCUCUUCUCUUCUCUUCUCUUCUCUUCUCUUCUCUUCAGACAGACCUUGCCACUUGUAUACAAUUCAGCCAAUGGGAACUAAAAAAAAAAAAAAUGAAAGUCAAGGGAUUGUUUAAUAAGGGAAUUGAAAAAAAAAGAUUAUUGGUAUUGCACAUGUAUAAUAAGAGAAAAAUUUGCUGUGUGUUAGGCAAUCUUGUAAUCUUUAAAUAAAGCUUCUGUUGAAUUUGAAUUUCUGAAACAAUAGAUGGAGGACUGUGACGGCAAUUUACAAACUGAUUUUUGUUUCCUUUUUGUUUUCUUUUUUUAAUAAUAUGUAAAGUGCAGUCGUCUGUUUUCCUGCAUAUUGUAUAUAUCUGUAUAUGUUUUAUUGAGUAACUAAAUAACAAUAAAUAUGACGUUAAAGGUG